ACAAGACAUGAGACUUCUAGUGGUACAAGCUGUGGCGCUGCUGGCCAUUCUUGGAUCAGCGAGGGCGGAAAAGUCUUCUAAUGAUGGCAGUUGUUCCAAGCAGGAGGAAGGACUCACCUACGGUAUCGCGGGUGACUGCCAAAAGUAUUUACUUUGCAAGAAGGGUGUGUUACAGAUUAAAGAUUGCAAGAAAAAGUACUACGAUACGGUGACAGGAAAGUGUGUAGAAGCAGAUCGUGCUAUCUGUGCUGUGGAAACUGCUCCAGAACCGGAACCUCAGCCAGAACCAGUUCCAGAGCCUGAACCAGAACAAGAGGAGAACGAUGAGCAGUAUGAUUAUCUUUGUUACAAAGUGUUGUACGGUGUACGAGUCCAUCCAACGGCAUGCGAUCGGUAUCUCGUGUGUAAUAAAGAAAAGGCAACGAUUGAAAGAUGUGAAGACGGUUUCAUAUUUUUAGCUGAUUUUAUUAGCUGUAGCCCUGGCAGCAAAGUGACGUGUACGGCAGAGCCUGACGAACCAACAACCCAAAGCACUGUUGUGGAGCCAGAGCCAACCUUCCCAACUACUGAAGAGUCCGGAUCUGAGGAGGAUUCCUCGGAGAGCUCUGGAACGUACGAUUAUCUGUGUUCCAAGACUCUCGUAGGAAGUGUGGCUCACCCUGAGACGUGCAACAAAUACAUCUCCUGCUACAAGUACAAGGCCAAGGAACAGAGCUGCAAGAAGGGUUAUGCAUAUACCUCGAAACUGCAUCUAUGUAUCAAGCAGAAGAAUGGAGCGUGCCCUGACGAUGUUCAAGAGGAGUCUACAACCCAAAGCACUGUUGUGGAGCCAGAGCCAACCUUCCCAACUACUGAAGAGUCCGGAUCUGAGGAGGAUUCCUCGGAGAGCUCUGGAACGUACGAUUAUCUGUGUUCCAAGACUCUCGUAGGAAGCGUUGCUCACCCUGAGACGUGCAACAAAUACAUCUCCUGCUACAAGUACAAAGCCAAGGAGCAGAGCUGCAAGAAGGGUUAUGCAUACACCUCGAAACUGCAUCUAUGUAUCAAGCAGAAGAAUGGAGCGUGCCCUGACGAUGUUCAAGAGGAGUCUACAACCCAAAGCACUGUUGUGGAGCCAGAGCCAACCUUCCCAACUACUGAAGAGUCCGGAUCUGAGGAGGAUUCCUCGGAGAGCUCUGGAACGUACGAUUAUCUGUGUUCCAAGACUCUCGUAGGAAGUGUGGCUCACCUUGAGACGUGCAACAAAUACAUCUCCUGCUACAAGUACAAGGCCAAGGAACAGAGCUGCAAGAAGGGUUAUGCAUAUACCUCGAAACUGCAUCUAUGUAUCAAGCAGAAGAAUGGAGCGUGCCCUGACGAUGUUCAAGAGGAGUCUACAACCCAAAGCACUGUUGUGGAGCCAGAGCCAACCUUCCCAACUACUGAAGAGUCCGGAUCUGAGGAGGAUUCCUCGGAGAGCUCUGGAACGUACGAUUAUCUGUGUUCCAAGACUCUCGUAGGAAGCGUUGCUCACCCUGAGACGUGCAACAAAUACAUCUCCUGCUACAAGUACAAGGCCAAGGAACAGAGCUGCAAGAAGGGUUAUGCAUAUACCUCGAAACUGCAUCUAUGUAUCAAGCAGAAGAAUGGAGCGUGCCCUGACGAUGUUCAAGAGGAGUCUACAACCCAAAGCACUGUUGUGGAGCCAGAGCCAACCUUCCCAACUACUGAAGAGUCCGGAUCUGAGGAGGAUUCCUCGGAGAGCUCUGGAACGUACGAUUAUCUGUGUUCCAAGACUCUCGUAGGAAGCGUUGCUCACCCUGAGACGUGCAACAAAUACAUCUCCUGCUACAAGUACAAAGCCAAGGAGCAGAGCUGCAAGAAGGGUUAUGCAUACACCUCGAAACUGCAUCUAUGUAUCAAGCAGAAGAAUGGAGCGUGCCCUGACGAUGUUCAAGAGGAGUCUACAACCCAAAGCACUGUUGUGGAGCCAGAGCCAACCUUCCCAACUACUGAAGAGUCCGGAUCUGAGGAGGAUUCCUCGGAGAGCUCUGGAACGUACGAUUAUCUGUGUUCCAAGACUCUCGUAGGAAGCGUUGCUCACCCUGAGACGUGCAACAAAUACAUCUCCUGCUACAAGUACAAGGCCAAGGAACAGAGCUGCAAGAAGGGUUAUGCAUACACCUCGAAACUGCAUCUAUGUAUCAAGCAGAAGAAUGGAGCGUGCCCUGACGAUGUUCAAGAGGAGUCUACAACCCAAAGCACUGUUGUGGAGCCAGAGCCAACCUUCCCAACUACUGAAGAGUCCGGAUCUGAGGAGGAUUCCUCGGAGAGCUCUGGAACGUACGAUUAUCUGUGUUCCAAGACUCUCGUAGGAAGCGUUGCUCACCCUGAGACGUGCAACAAAUACAUCUCCUGCUACAAGUACAAGGCCAAGGAACAGAGCUGCAAGAAGGGUUAUGCAUACACCUCGAAACUGCAUCUAUGUAUCAAGCAGAAGAAUGGAGCGUGCCCUGACGAUGUUCAAGAGGAGUCUACAACCCAAAGCACUGUUGUGGAGCCAGAGCCAACCUUCCCAACUACUGAAGAGUCCGGAUCUGAGGAGGAUUCCUCGGAGAGCUCUGGAACGUACGAUUAUCUGUGUUCCAAGACUCUCGUAGGAAGCGUUGCUCACCCUGAGACGUGCAACAAAUACAUCUCCUGCUACAAGUACAAAGCCAAGGAGCAGAGCUGCAAGAAGGGUUAUGCAUACACCUCGAAACUGCAUCUAUGUAUCAAGCAGAAGAAUGGAGCGUGCCCUGACGAUGUUCAAGAGGAGUCUACAACCCAAAGCACUGUUGUGGAGCCAGAGCCAACCUUCCCAACUACUGAAGAGUCCGGAUCUGAGGAGGAUUCCUCGGAGAGCUCUGGAACGUACGAUUAUCUGUGUUCCAAGACUCUCGUAGGAAGCGUUGCUCACCCUGAGACGUGCAACAAAUACAUCUCCUGCUACAAGUACAAGGCCAAGGAACAGAGCUGCAAGAAGGGUUAUGCAUACACCUCGAAACUGCAUCUAUGUAUCAAGCAGAAGAAUGGAGCGUGCCCUGACGAUGUUCAAGAGGAGUCUACAACCCAAAGCACUGUUGUGGAGCCAGAGCCAACCUUCCCAACUACUGAAGAGUCCGGAUCUGAGGAGGAUUCCUCGGAGAGCUCUGGAACGUACGAUUAUCUGUGUUCCAAGACUCUCGUAGGAAGCGUUGCUCACCCUGAGACGUGCAACAAAUACAUCUCCUGCUACAAGUACAAGGCCAAGGAACAGAGCUGCAAGAAGGGUUAUGCAUACACCUCGAAACUGCAUCUAUGUAUCAAGCAGAAGAAUGGAGCGUGCCCUGACGAUGUUCAAGAGGAGUCUACAACCCAAAGCACUGUUGUGGAGCCAGAGCCAACCUUCCCUACUACUGAAGAGUCCGGAUCUGAGGAGGAUUCCUCGGAGAGCUCUGGAACGUACGAUUAUCUGUGUUCCAAGACUCUCGUAGGAAGCGUUGCUCACCCUGAGACGUGCAACAAAUACAUCUCCUGCUACAAGUACAAGGCCAAGGAACAGAGCUGCAAGAAGGGUUAUGCAUACACCUCGAAACUGCAUCUAUGUAUCAAGCAGAAGAAUGGAGCGUGCCCUGACGAUGUUCAAGAGGAGUCUACAACCCAAAGCACUGUUGUGGAGCCAGAGCCAACCUUCCCAACUACUGAAGAGUCCGGAUCUGAGGAGGAUUCCUCGGAGAGCUCUGGAACGUACGAUUAUCUAUGUGUCAAUGCUAUUCAAGGUAGCGUGCCCCAUCCAGACUCCUGCACGAAAUACAUCGUCUGUUCCAAUAGUAAGGCGAAAGAAGAAAGCUGCAAGAAUGGAUACUACUUCUCAGUCUACCUGAAGUCGUGCAUCAAAGGAAACAGCGAAACUUGCGCUGAAAUCAAUGGAAACGAUGGUACCUCGUCACAAGCACCACCAGCAACCACUGAAGCCGUUCCACCAGCCGUUGGAGGUGACCCUGGAGACGGGAACGACGGCUGCAUUGAGGGCUUUACCGGCUACAUACCGAUCGCAAAUGACUGCACAAGCUACGUUUACUGCUUCCAGGGACAACCGGGCGUUCGAAAGUGUCUGGAGGAUUACAUCUACUACGACCCAUUCAAGGCGUGCCUUCCGGGUGAUACUGUGCUUUGCAAACUGUACACAAUUUAGAAGGCUCCCGUAAAAAACACAAACAACACUACCAUAAAGUGAUAGAACAAACUAGUUGUGAUAACGUUUUUACUCUUAUCCUUGUAGCCGUGUGCAACCGUGGCUAUUCAGGCUCGUGUACGUUUGCUGCUAUACAGAAAUGGAAAAUAAAUCGAUGCCCGUGACGGUUACGAUACGGUGUAAUUGACAA